AUGCGGCCCGAGUGCACCUGGAGCAUGUCCACAGUGGGCCUGACUGCCCAGGAGACAUAUUUUCCCGUAGAAUACCCCUUCUUGCGGGGCAGCUACUGUCAUAGUAUGGCUGGAUCCAAGUCAACGUGGAGCCAUUCCUGCGACCCGGAGAACUUCUACUUCACUAUGAAAUCUGCACACACAGAUCACGGCUCUCACGCCCAGCACAAGAGUCCCCCAUCGCUAAGCUACGAAAGACAUAAACACGGUUCCAGCACCCAUAAAUUACCUCCCAAGAAGUCCCGGCCUUCACUUCUCCCUCUGUCCUGCAGCGGCGAACCGUCCACUCCGAGUCCAGUCGACGACGACCAGGUGGUCCCCCCAUUCCAACGACUCUCGGUGGAUGAGUGCGGCAGUCCGCCGCAGACUCCAGGUCGGUGCGCCAAGCCUCUGCCGCCCAUCCCGCUGCCUGGCGACCUCUCGUCCGAGCAGGCCAUGGACAAUGAGGUGGAGUUCUUCCCCAGCACGGACGAGAGCUGCCGCCUGGUUUCGGAUCAGUGUUCCAAACCUUCCUCCUUUUGGAUGGGACUUCCCAGUCGGAGAAGCUUCAGGGACUGUGGACGGAUUAACCCCGGGUACUACGACGGGCCUUUAGGACCGCAAAACCUGAGGCAAACCCAACCUCAACAGAUUCCCUCGCAUCACCCGACGCAGAAGGAUGCGCAGCAACAUCGGCGCCAGGACUUACCGUCGGGCUGCCAACGGCAGCAGGACAAAGCUCUGAGGAAAGUUCGGCGCUCUCACUCUGGACCGGCCGGAUCCUUAAACAAACCUUCCCCACAGCGCUUCUCCUGCCACAACCGUAUUACCUACAACACUGAUUCGUCAGAGGUUCCUCCUCCAAUCCCGCCACGGUCAAACAAGACGACAGAUCUCUCACACUAUCACAAAGACCUCCGCCGCUGGUCAGCAGAGGUGUCAUACAGCGACGAAGACAAGCCGCCAAAGCUGCCCCCAAGAGACCCCUUGGGAAGCCCCAAAACCCUCCCCAUGUACAUUAACGGCGUGAUGCCCACUACCCAAAGCUUUGCGUCGGACCCCAAUUACGUGAGUCGGGGUUUACAGAGACAGAACAGCGAGGGAUCGCCUUGCAUCUUGCCUAUCGUGGACAAGGAGGGGAAUAAGCUCAGCAGUACUCAUUACUACCUUCUGUGGGGUUUGGAAAACCCAGAUUCGGACUGGGACUUUCACACCCAGCAGAAAGCGCCCGUGGAUCUCGUUUGA